AGAAGAGGCUCCCUCCCUCAAAGAGAAAGAAAGAGCGCCCCCUCCAGUCUAUAGCAGAUGUAAAGCAAGGAGACGGAUUCCAUGCGCGCACAGCUGCUUCACUGCGGAACGCAACCUUGUCAGGUGACAGAGUCAGGUGACAGAAGGGCUUCAGUGACGUCUUUCUUUCAAAAUCAACAACAAACGCCAGAAGUCCGUUUUGAACUAUCAGAUGAACCAGUUGACAAAGAACUGACAAUAAAAAACAGCUACUAAACAGAAUCCCGUGUGCUGCCAUGGACAGUGUGAGGAUGGAAUCUGUCCAGAUUAAAGAGGAGUUCCCUGAACUUGAACUUCUCCCCUUCAAACCAAACAUCCCUGAGCUGGAGCCUGUACGCCUGCGGGAGUGUAGCGUGGUGCUGGAGAGAAUCUGUGUGAGAGAGCAAGGCGCUGGAGAGGAAGGCUCUCCCAACAGCAUGCAAGGAGGUGGAAAGGAAGACGGGCGCUCCCAUUCAGAAUGCAGUCUAGCAGGUUCCAGUCCAGCAGCUAAAGCGAGGGCGGGCGGUGGAGAAUAUCCUGACUGUGGGAAAGGUUUCACCCAGUUAGGGCAUUUUAAAACACACCAGCGAAUUCACAAAGGAGAGAAACUGUAUCACUGUUCUGACUGUGGGAAGAGUUUCAAUCACUCUGGAAACAUGAAAAAACACCAGCAACUUCACACAGGUGAGAAACCGUUUCACUGCUCUGACUGUGGGAAGAGUUUCAGUCUGUCAGGCAGCCUUGUUUCACACCAGCGAACUCACACAGGAGAAAGACCGUAUCUGUGCUCUGACUGUGGGAAGAGUUUCAGUCAGUCCGGAAACUUGAAAAAACACCAGCGAAUUCACAGAGGAGAGAAACCGUAUCACUGCUCUGUCUGUGGGAAGAGUUUCAGUCACUCGGGUAACGUGACAGCACACCAGGUAAUUCACACAGGAGAGAAACCGUAUCGCUGCUCAGAUUGUGGGAAGAGUUUCAAUCGGUCAAACAGCCUUACUUCACACCAGCGAAUUCACAGAGGAGAGAAACCGUAUUUCUGCUGUAACUGUGGGAAGAGUUUCAGUCGGUCAGGCAGCCUUGUUUUACACCAGCAAAUUCACAAAGGAGAGAAACCGUAUCGCUGCUCUGACUGUGGGAAGAGUUUCAGUCAGUCCGGAAACCUGAAAAAACACCAGCGAAUUCACACAGGAGAGAAACCGUAUCGCUGCUCUGACUGUGGGAAGAGUUUCCGUUUUAAACACAACCUUCUAUACCACCAGCGAAUUCACAGCGGAGAGAAACCUUAAAGACUGUGUUCAAUGGGACUCCUGAGGGGGAAAGAAAAACGUUAACCUUGCAUUAGAAUCCCUGUGUAAUUGCUGUUUUGUGUAUCACUGUGACAGAAAUAUAAUGAGUUCUGGUUGUAAAUCUCCCUCUCGACCUGUGAGGGUACUAAGUAGCGAAAGGGAAAGGCUUUGGACAGGUUGUCCUGACAGUUCAUUCCCUGGGUCGAGAGGUCAGUCAGCCUGGAAAAAGUCGAGACUCUGGUGAGGGAACGUAUUGACCUGGAAGGUAAAGGAGGUAGCAGCUGCAGGCAAUAGUCAGCUGAAAUCGUUUAGCAAGGGGUCAUGCAUAAUCGCAUAAAAGGGGCCGGAGAAUUGUAAAUCUUUUCCUUCGCUUGGGUUUCAGAGAUACGAGGAGACUGGAAGGACCGAGAGAUUUCCCCAAAUUAAAAUAAAGAGUUUGUGAGUGUUUUGUUGGUAUUUUCUGUUUAGUAAGUGUCUGUGUUUGUUUCGUUAAAUAGCACUAGACGGCUAAACACCAAUCCGGAGCUGUCGCCAGGGGCCAGCACAAAGCCGGAUCACCACAGCACUUGUUUUUCACCAAUAGCACGUAUUAUAUUGUACUUCACCACAAGCACUGAGAGCACUCACUUUGGACCUGUGAUCGUGUGUGUCUAAUUGUGUGUGUUUUGUACCAUGUCUAUUGUUUGCAGGACUGCAACCCUUUUUCAUUACUGUGUAAUACACAUUGCUGUGUACUGCCAGCUCAUUAUUGUUUUCUGGCUGGUCAUCAGACAAUUGGAUUUCUAAUCAUUAAAACCCUCAUUUCACCUGUA